GACACUCAACAGGACAGAGGACACCGGAAUCGCAAGACUCAGAAUUAACCUCAAGUGCAAAUCAAACUUCUAAGAUUUUGAAUCAUAUGAAAUGCGAAUGGCAGGAUCAAAAGCAACGUAAAAGAUUGGUCAAGGAGUUACAUGCCAAACGUGUACAAUCAUUACGGAAGGAACUGGAAUAUCUUAAGGCAACAGAGUGGAAGUAUCAGCCUAUAGACCGAUACUUAGAUAGGAGCCAAAGAAACUAAAUAUGUUGACUUUAAUGUUCAGUCUGGUUCAAUAUACCAGAAAAUAUAUGAAAAAAUAUUUGAAUGAAGUAGAAGAUAUAGACACAGUUAUAUCUCAUAUAGAACACAUAAGGAAAGAAGAAGAAAGAGACAUUGUAAAAAAAACAUUAAACAAAGAGGGAUGUUAUUACAAAAAUGGAAUUAUUACCUGUGUUACUGCAGACUAUGUCUUAAUAGAUAAUAAACAUAUAUAUGAGAAAAAUGAUGAACUAAGCAGUAAUCUGGAAAUAGGUGAUAAUGUUUACUACUCAGCAUUACUACGUGACCCAAAGGAAAAGGUAAAAGUAAUAAAAAUUAUUCAUAAAAAUGAAAUAAAAGAUAAAGAACCCUUAGAAAGAAAGGAGAUCCGCAACUCUAUCUUACAAAAAAGCAUGAUUGCUAAAGUGAAAGAACGUGAAGGCCGUUUUGUUAUGGUUGAACCAGAUAUUAGAAUCAACUUGAAUAAAGUACAAUCUGAAUUCAUUCCCCUCAUUGGUGAUUGGAUAAUACUAGAAUCUCUGACUGAAGUAAGCGAUUCUCAAGAUGAAUCUGAUAAUAUUUUGGAAGUGGAUAAAAUUAAACCGCUACGAUCCAAGUUGAAUGUAGGUGUGAUAACCAAGUAUGAUUCGCUGAAUCAAGUAGGAGUAAUCGAUAAGAGUAUAAUAUUUCAUAAGAGCGCAUGUGAACCAGGUUAUAUUCCUUGUGUUAAUGACAAAGUAGUGAGUGAUAGCAUAGAAAGUGAUCAAGGAAUUCACAAAUGGAGAUCAUUGACUGUAGUGCCAUUAAACCUGGAAAUGAACAAAAUUUCUCAUUGCUCAGUUAUGAGCAAUUUUUAUUCUGAACUAUCGAGCAUAAAUGAUUUAUUAAAGAAUAAAAAUGAUAUUAUUAUAGAUGAUGAAUUGAAAUUCAAUUUAAACAUAGAAGAGGAGGAUAAUUUAACGGUUACAAUAUGUAAUACUGGUAAUUGUGCUCAAGUGUUGCAAAAUGGUACUUUUAUGUCACAAGAAACUUCAUCUCAGUUAUCAGUAAUAUCACCAACAAAUACAGAUGUUAAUAUGGUAAUAAAUCCUUCUAAAAGCAUUUCGUAUACAUUCAAGUGUAAAGCGAGAUUCAUCGGUAAAUCCGAGGAGCUGUUUAUCUUUAACUUCAAAGACUUUAAGAUUGGUAGAUUAUUUCAUAUAACUACCAAUGCAAUAAAUGUUUCACAAAAUGGACCUUCUACGUCCGUUCCACGAAAGAACAAUCAGAAAAUCAAUCUUGACAAUUUGAAUAAAGAGGACGAUUUGACAUACAUUCCCGGAGUAAAACCAUAUAAAACUACUUUCUUUAGAAUGCGUAAUGGAGUGUUCAAUGUACCGCAAUAUAUUUGGAAUGUGAUAUUGAACAAUAUGGUGAUAUCACAAGCAGAAUGCAAAGCCAAUUUAGAGCGUGCAGUUCCAUCUCUCUUGAAACAACUAACUUUUAAUAUUUAUAAAGAACGUUUCCAUGCUUUAUUGUAUCUGGAAGAAGUAGCUCAGAUACUUAAUAUACAACAAUAUAACAUGCAAAACGUAAAGUUGCAAAGAUACCGAGAUUAUUUUACACUACAUGUUCCGGGGUUAGUAGAAAAACGCCCUUCCCUGCUAGUCGGUGAUAGAGCUGUAGCAACUGUUAUACCUCACAGACUAACUAAACAAGGUUAUGAAUUAGAUGUAAAAAAUGCGUUAAAAUACGAGGGCUAUAUUCAUAAAAUGAAGAGCAGCGAGAUCUUCCUCAAAUUUAAUAAAAGUUUAUCCGAUGAUGUGAUUUUCGCUAAUAUUACGUUCAAAUGCUCUAAUAGCACCCUUCAACGUUGUCAUAAUGCUGUUAAUCUAGCUCUCAAUCGUCUCGGGCCUGAGAUUCUGUUUCCUACUAAAGUAAUAGAAAAAGAACCUCUGUUUCACUUGGAAGAGUACGACAUCGAAGAGAAACCUAUUAAUACUAAGCAGAUCUGUAACGAAGCAAAUGAAUCCAUGUCAUCUACUGAUUCCUCUAACAGCAUCGCUUCUGGUAGUGAUACAUCCUUAGAAAGUACAACCAGAACAUCUCCAAGAAUAUCGGUAGUAGAAAGACUUUUCAAAGUUAAACCUGUCGAAUCGCCACCUAAAAAGACGGAGACUUCAAGUACGAAAAUAGAAUCAAAUUUACAUCUCCAAACAAAUACAGCAAAAUGUGAUAACAAUAAUAAAAUUGAUGGCGUCAGUAACACAGCUUCAGAGAAAGCAAAUGAACAAAUUAAUCAGACCAAUGACGAAUUAAAGCCUUAUAUCGAUCAAAUAAAGAAGCGCAAAUUAAAUUGGUUUAAUAAAGGUUUGAACUAUUAUCAAAAAGAAGCUGUGUGGAACAUAAUGAAGGGAGUAGCACGUCCGUUACCCUAUGUGAUAUUUGGUCCACCUGGGACGGGAAAGACAGUAACACUUUGCGAGACGAUUCUACAAAUUUUCACCGCGAUACCCGACAGCAGGCUUUUAGUGGCAACGCCAUCGAAUAGCUCGGCAAAUUUAAUAACGGAACGUUUGUUGGACAGUAAUAUAUUAAAUCCUGGUGAUCUGGUCCGAUUAAUAGCUCAUCAUUGCCUGUACGAUGAUUCUAUACCCGAGAAAUUGAUGCCUUUCUGUGCCGCAGCGGAGUUGGGAGACGAAAAAAUAUAUCAAAUGCUUCGAACACAUAAAAUAGACCUCGUACAAUCUUCUGACGAUGAAGAAAGUUUUGAUGAUGAAAGAAAAAAGAGGUUUAAAUGUAAUUUUCCCAUGUCCACACUUGGCCGUCAUCGAAUCACCAUCGGUACUUGCAGCACGUUGGGAAUAUUGCACAACAUGGGUUUCCCCCACGGUCAUUUCUCUCAUGUUCUGGUGGACGAGGCGGGACAAGCAACUGAGCCGGAGAUUAUGAUACCGUUGAGCUUUAUUCAUGCCGAUGAGGGCCAAGUAAUUCUCGUGGGCGACCCGAUGCAACUUGGACCCGUUGUACAGAGCAAUUUAGCUACAUAUUACGGAUUAAGCGAGUCGUUUCUGUCAAGAUUGUUACAUCAGUUCCCAUAUCAGAGAGACGAGCAAGGAUUCGAGAAUUAUUACGACCCGAGACUCAUCACAAAGCUUAUUAUAAAUUACCGCAGUUUACCGGAAAUAUUGGAGUUAUCAAAUUGGCUGUUUUACGACUCGGAAUUGCUGCCACAAAUAUCACCUAAGAAGAGCAAGGAAGCUAAGGUCUUGAAAAGGCUAAAAGAAAUAUUACCCAGCAGAAAUGGAUUACCGCCAGCUGUUAUUUUCCACGGAAUUAGUGGCGAAAAUCGCAGAGAUAUCGAGAGCCCGAGUUGGUACAAUCCCGAAGAAGCGACACAAGUGUACAUUUAUUUAAUGAAAUUGUACAAAUGUGGACUUGAACCAGAUGACAUAGGAGUUAUAACUCCUUAUCUAAAGCAGGUAAUGCAAAUCAGAGACCUACUUAAUGAAAUAAACAUGGAAUUACCGAAAAUUAGUAGUGUGGAAGGGUUUCAAGGGCAAGAGAGAAAAGUGAUUAUUCUCUCAACUGUCAGAUCGUGUAACAAAUUAAUCGAUCUAGAUGUCAAGCAUGCUCUAGGAUUUGUUGCUUCGCCGAAAAGACUUAAUGUUGCGAUCACUCGCGCACGUGCUCUACUAAUCAUUGUCGGGAAUCCCAAAUUACUCUACAUGGAUCCACAUUGGAGGAGUGUUUUGAUGUACUGCGUAAAGCAUGGCGGAUAUACAGGAUGUAAUUUUCAGCCUAAUUUUUACGCCGAUCUUCUUAGCUAUAAGUAGAAUAAGAAAUUUAUAAUUCCAAUUUGAAACGGCAAAUUAUAAUUUGUUAAAUGGAAUAGUUAAAAUUCCUUAAAAUUUUUAGGUAUAUAUACAUGUGCUAUAUUAUUUCUUUCACAAUAAUUUCGUAUGUCAAGACAAAAUAUCUUGAAAAACCUUUAUGAUUCUUAAUCUCGAAGUAAAAGUAUGAUUAUGAUAAAUAAAUGCAAUCUUGUCUUUUAUAAAAUAUUACGAUUUGCUUAGUAUAAUGUCGAUUAUUAGUUACAAGAUGAUGAAUUUUAAUCUUAUUUUUAUACGUGUACAUAUAUUUCGAUAUUAGGUUUAACCAGUAAAUAAAAAUACAUAUGUUUUUCACGAUGACGCUGAUCUUCAUUAUUUUUUGUAUUUGGAAGGUACAUUGUAUCAAGUCUGUUCACUGCAAAUAC